AUGGCCCCUCAGAAGAAGAGCAAGAAGGAUGCCAACAGCAUCAACUCCAAGUUGGCGCUGGUCAUGAAGUCCGGCAAGGUCACUCUCGGCUACAAGUCUACGCUGAAGAGCCUUCGUUCCGGCAAGGCCAAGCUGAUCAUCAUCGCUGGCAACACUCCCCCUCUCCGCAAGAGCGAGCUGGAGUACUACUCCAUGCUGUCCAAGGCCCCCAUCCACCACUUCGGCGGCAACAACGCCUGGCUGCUCUUCGCGAGCAAAUCUCUGCUUAGCAAGAACCAAGCGUUCUUUGCGACCUACCCAGAGAAAAAGUCGUCUCGACUUUGGAGGGUUCACAUUGGCUUACUCUUUACCCUGCAGAUUGAGCUGGGCACCGCUUGCGGUAAGCUCUUCCGUUGCUCCACCAUGGCCAUCCUCGAUGCCGGUGACUCCGACAUCUUGAGCGACCAGCAGGCUUAA